UCCUUUUUUCUUUUUUGUUAAUUUGGCGAAAGAUAUUAAAUUGUGAAGGCUAUAAAGAGAAGAGCUUCCUUCGAAGGAUCUCAUAAUUAUCCCUUCGUCUUUCUCUGAUUCUUCAAUACUCUCCCCAAACCCUAAACCGUCGAUCUCGGCAAAUCUUUUACAACUCUCUCUUCCGACGACUCUUUCAAGAUGCAAAUUUUCGUGAAAACACUCACUGGCAAGACCAUCACUCUCGAGGUUGAGAGCUCUGACACCAUCGACAAUGUCAAGGCAAAGAUUCAGGACAAGGAAGGUAUUCCUCCGGACCAGCAGAGAUUGAUCUUCGCCGGUAAACAGCUUGAAGAUGGCCGUACCUUGGCUGAUUACAACAUUCAGAAGGAGUCGACCCUCCACUUGGUUCUUCGUUUGAGAGGUGGUAUGCAGAUCUUUGUCAAGACUCUUACCGGCAAGACUAUUACUUUGGAGGUUGAGAGCUCUGACACUAUUGACAACGUCAAGGCUAAGAUCCAGGACAAGGAAGGAAUUCCUCCGGAUCAGCAGAGGCUUAUCUUUGCCGGCAAGCAGCUUGAAGACGGAAGGACUCUUGCUGACUACAACAUCCAAAAGGAGUCGACCCUUCACCUUGUCCUUCGUCUUCGUGGUGGUAUGCAAAUCUUUGUCAAGACUUUGACUGGCAAGACCAUUACCCUCGAGGUUGAGAGCUCAGACACCAUUGACAACGUCAAAGCCAAGAUCCAAGAUAAGGAGGGAAUCCCCCCGGACCAGCAGAGACUCAUCUUCGCUGGUAAGCAGCUCGAGGAUGGUCGGACACUUGCAGAUUACAACAUCCAGAAGGAGUCAACUCUUCACUUGGUUCUUCGUCUUCGUGGUGGAAGCUUGUAAGCUGUUGUGAUCUGAUUGAAAGUGGUGGUUCAAGUAUUAUGCACUUGGGAGGUGAUGUUCGCCUGGUUUAGUUUUAUUUCUUAUGAGCCUUUUGGUUGGGCUCGUAAUCGGGCCUUGUGUUUCAACAUUCAGUAAUAAUAAUCCAAGUGCAUGUUAAUCA